GCAGUCUCUGGUCAUCUCCUGUACUGUGUCCGCAGUCUCUGGUCAUCUCCUGUACUGUGUCCGCAGUCUCUGGUCAUCUCCUGUACUGUGUCCGCAUGUCUGGUCAUCUACUGUACUAUGUCCGCAGUCUCUGGUCAUCUCCUGUACUAUGUCUGCAGUCCAUUAGUUCAGAAUUUUUUUUUCCUGUUUUCUGCCUCUAAAACCUAGGUGCGUCUUAUGGUCAGGUGUGUCUUAUGGAGCGAAAAAUACGGUAAUUACUAUAUGACUUGAGUUGUAAUCGUAUACCCUAUAUUAUUGUUUUUUUUAUUUGCUAAUUUUUUCCCACAAAAGUUGAGUUAC